CAGCACUGUCAUCUGAUUCGGAAUACAACGUCCAGACCCGCAACAAGAGAAAACAUGCACUGGGAACUAGAUAAAGGAACAGGGGAAAGGGUCUGUCUGAAAUGCGUUGUCGUUCUCUUGGCGAUUUUGUCCUUGGCGAAUUCUUCUUCGGUGCUAUCAGAUGGAGAUUCUUCGGCUGGUGCAGACGACACGAACACGGGAAAUACUGCAGCAGACGACACGAACGCGAGAAAUACUGCAGCAGACGACAUGGGCACGGGAAAUGCUGCAGCAGACGACACGAACACGGGAAAUACUGCAGCAAUCGAGGUCGAUGAUGUGGAGAAUGAUGUUGGUGAUGAUGUCAUCGUCGAUGCUGCCGUUGAGAAAGAAGGCAACUUGGACCCGGUUGACGAGAGGAUACGACUUUACCAGUAUGAUCCUGUUGAAGUUGGACACAUAAGAUAUGUCGAAAUUUCUCUGGGAAGAUAUGUCCAGCUGAAAACCAUUGCCGUUAAACCACCAGCUUUCGAAAUUUCAAAUUUCCUAACACCAGAGGAAUGCGAAAGGAUCAAAGAGCUAGCCCUAGAUGCUGGACUACUCACCAGUUUAACAGUGGGCAAAAACUUAUUGUACAGCGGUAUUGAUGAAACCAAGGUCAUUUAUAACGCCACAGAAUGGAAACAGAAGUUCGCCGAGUGCGACAACAACACUGACAAAAUACUAGACUUUACAGAAGUACUACACUGUCUUCCAGGGCUCCAAGAAGGAGAGCUCGUUCCUCCAGCCAUCCUGGACACUUUGUACGUACAGCUGAAGCUGGACCUCGACUCCGAUGGAUUAAUUGAUGCAAAAGAACUCUGGUUGAUCCAUCUAGAGAACAAGACUAUUGAGAUCGAGGAAUGGCUCUCCCGUUGGCGAGGAGGAGAGUUGCCCAAAGUACCAAGAAGGGGACGCCAUCGAAUCAGCGAGCAGGCUUGGAUUGAAUGGGAAAAUUCGACAGAUCCUACCAUAAUGGCAAUCCGAGAUAGGGUAACAGCGCUCACGAAGCUUGAUCGGAAUAUUGUAUUUUCGAGUGAAAGCCUUCAGGUAGUUCGUUAUUACCCUGGUGGGCAUUAUCAUGCACAUUAUGACAGUCAAAGGAUAAAGAAAAAUAAACCCUGCAUUCACUCUACCCGCGGUUUAGAUUUGGAGGGUUCUGAUAGACUUUGCAGAUAUAUCACCAUUUUGUAUUAUCUACAAAAUGUGGAAGGUGGAGGAGAAACAGCGUUCCCUUUGGCUGAAUUUGAGAACGUUUCUAUAGAAUACCGUAAAAACUUGAAAUCGGAUUAUGACUACACUGACUUGAAGCACAACUGCUAUAAAAAUUUGAACGUCAAACCGGAGUUUGGGAAGGCAAUCAUGUGGUAUAAUUAUUACAUCGACGAAGCAACAGGUUGGAUGUCGUCUCGUAAUACUCACUCCCUACAUGGUGGAUGUGAAGUCACAGAGGGAACAAAAUGGAUUGCAAAUAACUGGAUCACCGUCGAUGAUGUGUAUGAAAGGCAAAUGGAAUUACAUGCGCGUCGAUUCCAACCAACUGAAGAUAAUAAAAAAGCAGAGUCAGAAAACGAAACGGGCGUCGAUGAGAACGACAGAACGGAAGAAGACGACAUCCCAAAUGAAGCAGAGGAUGAAGGAAUAGACAAAGGGGAGAAAGAGUCCAACAACGAUAACAUCAAUGAUCUUACAAACGACAACGCAAUCUCUACAGAUGAAACACAUGAGAGCACGCCAUCUACCGACAAGACUGAAAGCGAUGAUCUCCCAAAAGGACACACUGAAUUUUGAUUUCAAUUGUCAGGUUGUUUGGUAAAUGUUACCGUUAAAAUAUUAUCAAGCAAAACGAUACCAGGGCGAUUUGUGGUUCUUGUUCAUAUAUACCUUACAUUUGUGCUUAUUUUGAUUUUUUUGUUCGCUUCCAUUAACCAGUUUUAUUUGUUUAGUUUCGAUUAUCUCUUCUUUUUUCGUUGUUAUGCUGUAAUAUGACAGCUACAUUGUUAAUUUUCACAUGAUUUAUAUGUUUUGAUUGCUUAUUAUUACUAUAUGUUUGUUAGGGUAUAUGUUUAUUUUCAUUAUGUGGCUCAGACCCCUUUGAAGAAAAAAAAUACCACCAUUAGUUGACAAGGGCAUCCAAUCCAUAAAUGAAUCAAAAUCAAUACCAAUUCAAAUCUUUAAACGCCAUGGCAAAUACUUUCGAAAAACAAACGCAAGUCAAUUUAAUGACUCUGUCCAUCAUUUUUUUUUAAAUUUGCAAACAUUACAAUGACGUCAUACAUAAUCCGAACAUGAUGUCUGUAGAGAAUGUACACUAGAUGCUAGGAUCACCCUGGGCUUCAUUUCUAGUCUUCGCGAUAUUGGUCCUUUUAUUUGUAAUUCACCCUUCACCUGUUGAAAGGUGUAAACAUUAAGUACAAGUUAAAGUUCAUUCAUUUUCCGUAUAAGUUUGUUCAUAUAUAUAAAUAUAUAUAACGCAUUUUUUUCUUGUACAUCCUUUACUGAAAAGAGUACAAAUAUUUGUUUCCAAAUAGUAUUCCCAUGGUGUAUGACAUAAUCGGAACAUGAGGUCUAAGGGCAAUACAACAGUGUAUUGAAUAUACCCUUUAGUUGAUUUUGUUUAAAUUCUUAGCGUUCAUGCUUUGAUGAGUGCAAUGGGAAAAUGCAGUUUGUCAAUGCACAUUUUCAUUUAUAUGUAAAUAUUGGGAUUUCUUGUUUUUUGUUUGUUUUCUCAAUAGGUAAUUUUGUUUUCCAAACUUGUCUGAUAAUUAUCGAUAUAUUGAAAUAUAAGUGCUUUUAAAGAAUAUUCCAUUUUUAGGGGACAGUUAUGAUAAGAUAUAUAAAAACUGAAAUUAAAAAAAGUUCACAGAUUUAUUUUGUUUUCAUCUUCACCUGAACAAAACCUUCUAUUUGUUUAUUGAAACAUCAAUAGGACUUAGAAUAUGAUAUUAUUACAUACUAUUGUGCUAUCAAGCCAUUAUCUUCUGGGACAUGUUCUUUGUUUAUCAGCGGUGGCAUGAAUGGGAUAGUCUUUUAGGAGAAGAAACUUACUCGAGAAAUCACGAUGAAUCAUGAAAAAAAAGGCGCCACCUUUGUCGAAAUUUCCCGUAAAAAACUUCCGGGUUGUGACGUAUCGCAAGAAGAACCGAUGUAGCGCGGCGCGCGCAUGAUUAUCUACAUCAAACAUGGUGUACUGCCAAUGUGUGGUUGAAAUAAAUGUUCCUCGAAAACCGAGGAGAAAUCGUUUCAUCGAUUUCAAGACAAACACAAUCUUCAUGAAAUGUUCAAGCUAUAGGUAGCAGCUGUGAAGGUGGAGACAUUUCUGGACAAAAAGUACAAGUACGACAGGAAAAACGAUGUGAUCUGCAGUGAUCAUUUUACAGUCUACAGCAGGGAAAUGUACGUCAGCAAUAGCGGUCGAAUCCAUGCGAUACGUCACAGAACGCACACUGCACACACAUAAUGGCGACGUUCUGAAAAGUCUCAGAGCCGCGAAAGACGAAGGAUUUUGAAAAGAGUUACGUCCUCCUUUUCGUCAAUUGUUUAAUGUUUUAUAUUUUUCAGAUAAUGUGUUACAUUGCCUACAAACUGAAAUUAACGUUAAGGUUGAAGUUGAUUCCCCUUUAAUUAUGUGUUGAAGUGAUUGGUAUCAUCGUAGGAUGUUGAAAAGGUUUUAUUUGCUUGGUGAGAAUAAUCUGACUCAUGCCAAAUCAUUACUGUUAUUAUAUCAUGUUCUAAUUAUUGUCUUAUGUUUAAGUUUGGCACCAGCCAAUGAAGAGAGCUUCUCGCCAGAAUUCUAAAUCAUUUUAGGCAAUCCACAAGUACUGGCUGGUACCCAUUAUCCUUUUCUCUGUAUUGUUUAUACUGGUGUAUGUGUUACAUUUUAUUCUCCUCGAUAUUAAAUAAAUAAUUAAAAAGAACAGUC